AUGCCUGGGUUUCUAGCACCAUAUCGUGGUGAACGUUAUCACUUGCGUCGUUUUAGAGGAAGAGGUAACCAUCCUAGAGGUGCGAUGGAGUUAUUCAAUUAUAGAUACUCAUCAUUGCGUAAUGUGAUUGAACGUUGUUUUGGACUUCUAAAAGCUAGGUUUCCAAUUUUGAAGUCAAUGCCUCCAUACUUGCUUGGAAAGCAACGUCGAAUACCAAUAGCAUGUUGUGCUAUCCACAACUGGAUUAGAAUGCAUUCUAUUAAUGAUGAAAUGUUUGAACAAUAUUCAGUUGAUGCCAGAACUGUAGAAGAUAUUGAAGGAACUGAAAGCCAAUCUAAUACAACAACUGAAAACCAACAAGAAGGAGAUGAAGCGGGAAUUUUCGAGACACCAAAGUUGAAUUUCAGUCAAGCUUAUAUGGCCCAGAUGGAAAAUGUUAGAGAUGACAUUGCGGGACAAAUGUGGCUUAAUUAUAACAACAAUACUUAA